AUGUACUACUCUUGGCUGCCUUCCGAAGAAUUCAUCAGCCUUCAACAGAAGAAGUUUUUCCGCGAAAUCUACAGUGGAUCUAGCAAUUUCAAUUUUUCGAACGUGUCUACUACACGAGCGCCAGAAAUUGUCCAGCGUAAUUUUUUUUUUCAUCUUCAGCUGACUUUUUUUCUUUCAGCAAAAACUCGUAAUCAGGCAGCACAGAAAUUUUCGCCCUACGGGAACGAAAGUGCUCUGGAAUACUACCGACACUAUAUGAAUAGUUCUUUGCAAGCUUACGACAGUAAAAAGAAAGCCUAUUAUUUUUAUGUGGAACCGGUGAGUCAAACAGUUUCUCUUUGAAAUUCAAAAGACUAUUUGCAGUAUCGUCCCGCAGAAGACAUAACAUUGUUAUCAGCUUUUGAGUUUCCCGAUGAAAUUCAUAUCGUACAGUCUUCAAUCAACAACGAAGGGUUUUAUUCAAAAAGGAACCGAAAUUAUAACUGAUUUUUCCAGAGCCACAGUUUAUUGUCGGUAUUUUGACGAGUAUUCGCAAGAAAUCUCGACUCCGUUCAAGUCAUUUUUCUACACCAAAUACGUUGUAUACUGCCCAAGGAUCAAGGGAACUAAAAAAGUUUCUCUUUCUCAUGAGGCAGACAGCGAGCCGGAAAUUCCUAUACCUAUGGUCGAUCGCACAAAUCAAGGUUUUUAGACUUUUCUUUCGAAUACUGUGAUCUGCUUUCAGAACCGAAGCACUUUUUUGGGGUCUGCCUUUGUCCCGUUUAUGGAAAUGAGCCAAAAUGGUUAAUGCUCACAGAGCUCAUUGAGCAUUACAAAAUGCAGGUAUUUGUCUUCUACCUUUUCUCGAAUCACAACUAUCGCAUGCGGCGUGUGCGCGUCUUGAUAUACCAUCACGCUUGAUUUUUCGGUUUCCUCGAGCGCAAGUUGUUUAAAGUCGGGCGCUGCUAAGCGUCAAGCAAUGUUCAAAUUUAAGCGAAAGAUCAAGAUGGAAUUUCCUUGAUAAAAUUACACAGGGUGCGACGCAUUUCUACAUUUACAUAAGGCACAUGGCUCACUAUGACAAGCAUAUUUUGAACGAUUAUGUUCGAACUGGAGAAGUCGAGGUAUAGCUUCUUACUUUUCGAAAUUCUUAAAAUGCUUCAGGUGGUCACCUUGUUAGAACGACACUGGAGGAUAGGCGAUUAUUGGCAACACAUUGGAAUACAAGUAAAUAUUUCGAGAACUUCAAUAGUUGGGACUGGAAUCUUUCAGGAUUGCAUGCUUAGAAGUCGUGGCUUUUCGAAAUGGAACGCUUUUGCAGAUGUUGACGAGAGACUCACAGCUUUGAACGGCACGAUUCUUCAAUAUUUGAAGUGAUGGAUUGAAUUUCUUUCAGUCCAAAAAAUUCCGAUGAAAAACCGAAAAACUUUGGGAUGCAGAAAAAACCGUUCAUUUUGAUGACGCCUAGAAAAAAACUUUGCAAUUGAAAGACGAUUUUCCCUACUGAAAGCUCCGAAGUACGGCCACUUUUGAAAACCGUCUUUUUUUUGAAAAGGCUUUUGCAAUAGCUCCUGAUAGCGCAUCUAGACCUGAAAGAACAUUGGAAUAAGUUUCUGCUUCGAAAACUUCUUGAGAUACUGCUUUCUCAGAAAACAGCAGAAAUAUUUUCUCACUUGAACAGGCUUUGCUUUUUUGACUUUUUCUCUUUUUUUUCAACAUUUUUCGCUUUUUUAAUUUUUGUAUUUUCAGAAAUAUCAAAGAUCCCCUGCUUGCAAGUGUAGUAUUCCGCCAAAGAUGGAUUCUGAAAAAAACGAAUCCAUGCCAACGUAUUAUACAGAUGACCGUCAGGUACUUUCUUAUAUUUUUUAUUAUUUAUUGCCCCAAAUAAGGUGAUUGAUUGGAUGCCUACGAAUAGAUAUCACAACACUUCGAGCGUCGGUGCUUAUGGACAUACUACGAAAUGCAUCGUUGACACUCAGAAGGUAGGCUUCAAGUUAUCAUUGUUUCUCUUACGUUACCAUCUAAGUAUCUAAGUAAGUAUCUCUUACGUUUUUGAGAAUUUCCUUUGUUUUACUAUGGUUCCUAGCAAAUAAUUUAUUUCAGUCCUUUCUAGAAAAUCUUGAAACAGAAAAUUUUUCAAAAAUUCUGAAUAAUGUAGGAGAUCUACAAAGAGAGUUGAUCCAUAUCAAUGUUUUCUGAUUUCAGUUAAAGACAGCAGAAAAGCUCUUUUCUGCUAAAAAAGAAAUAUUAUAGGCUUUGAUCAUGGGGGUCCACUACGUUCUGCUAUACCAUCCUGGCUACUACCAGAAAUACAUUGAAGCAGACGAAGGCGUCGUUAGGUAGCCUUGAGAACCCAAACAAGUUUAUUAAUAUUUUUGAGGCACUACCGGGACGUAAAUAUGAGCGAUUGGGGAACGCGAUGGUUGAAAUCCGUGGAGGCGAUGGGCAAUUUCUCAAUGACCAAUUAUCCCGAAAAUCUUCAGAAAGAGCUCACUUCUCGAGUUGUUUCCAGGAUACGAUACGUUUAUAAAACAGAUCAUCUCAAUGAAACAAAACUAUCAAGGUAA